UAUCUCCACACUAACAACUCCUAAACACCAAUGGCUCUUCUCAACGACUUGCAAACUUCGGUUAUCUGUCUCACUACCGCCCAACGUUGACUCUUCGUCGGUACCUUUAAAUUCGGUUGGACGAGAACACUGUCCUGUCCAUGACCCGCGUCUAUUAUUUAACCUCUACACCGUCGUUUCCGACAAGAUUCACAUCGGUCGCAUCUCUCUAAAUGCCGCAACACGAACCGACAAUAUCCGUGGCGCAAAGAUCGCUAAUUGUUUAUGGAGUGAACAUCAGCCCAAAACUUCAGUGCCGCCACUGGUCUUCAGAUCUUGACAUUAUUGCCAUUCGGCACAAAUGCUGCAUGGAGUACUACGGCUGUAUCAGCUGUCAUGAAGAGUUAGCGGGACACCCCAAUCAAGUCUGGCCCAAAUCAGAGCAGCAGGAGUUGGGAGUCUUGUGCGGGAAUUGUCGCCUUGAACUUACCAUCGCAGAGUAUCUUGGGAGCGGCAAUCGAUGCCCCGGAUGUGAUGCCGGCUUCAACCCGGGGUGCAGGAAACAUUACGACUUGUACUUCGAGACAUAGGCACAAGGGACUGCGACGGCUUGCAAUCGUGGAACAGUGGAUAUAUGGGUAUUCUGGAGUCAGGAGUACCUUGGUAAUCUUUAAAGGGAAGAGGAAUCAUUAUGUUUAAAUACACGACGACAUUUCUGCCCUGCGAGAUAUUGAUAAGGUUUAUACAAACUUCAAGGUUGGCAGCGUUGAAUUGAGUUUUCUGAAGGGGCCCGAUACUAUAGAUUUAGCUUACCGUUGGACUGCAUCAAGGCAAUGGCAACUUAAUUAGAAAACCGCCAUGGCAACACUAGGAUCCUCAGGUUGAAGAACAGCAAC